UCAAAUAAAGGCGGGGGGCAUCACGUGAUGCGAUAAAAACGCGCCGCCGGUCCGCAUCCAGUUUAAAUAAAUGUUUGUUAGUUUAUGGAAAAAGUGUUGAUUUAUUCGAGUCUGUGUGAAUUUAUAUUUGUUAACAGCAGCGUCCAAUAAAUAAUCGUUUGCGAGUGGAGUACGUACCAUGGCCGAGAGAAUCUGCAAGUAUAGCCAUGAAACGGAAGAGGAAGACCUGGCUUGUGCGAUGGAGAGCAUCGGCGUGAGCCGCAGGAAAGGACGCGGCGCCGUCACGUCCGGACUGACGCACGAGUGCGGCGUCUUCGGAGCGAUCGGCACCGGCGAGUGGCCCACCAAUUUGGAGAUAGCGCAGAUCGUUUGUUGGGGGCUGGUGGCGUUGCAACACAGGGGUCAAGAAUCGGCCGGUAUUGUAACCAGCGAAGGAAAAUGCUCGAAAUACUUCAACAUUGUGAAAGGUAUGGGAAUGAUCAGCAACAUCUUCAACGACGACGCGAUCAAAAGGCUGAAAGGAAGUAUUGGCAUAGGACACACCAGAUACUCAACCAGUGCGGCCUCCGAAGAGGUCAACUGUCAACCGUUCGUGGUGCACACCGCCCACGGAGCACUAGCAGUUGCCCACAACGGAGAACUGGUUAAUUGUGAUAGUUUAAGACGACAGGUAUUACAACACGGAGUUGGUUUGUCCACCCACUCAGACAGUGAACUGAUAACUCAAGCCCUUUGCUUGAACCCACCGGAAGGUGAACUGAACGGUCCGGACUGGCCGGCUAGAAUAAGGCACUUCAUGCAACUGGCACCUUUAAGUUAUUCCCUAGUUAUAAUGUUGAAGAAUAAAAUAUACGCAGUGCGGGACCCUUACGGCAACAGGCCUUUGUGCUUGGGAAAAAUCUUACCCCAAAACGAACCUCUUGAUGGGGACUGUGACGACAGUCGAGAGGCGGAAGGUUGGGUCGUGUCGUCGGAAUCCUGCGGUUUCCUGUCGAUCGGUGCCCAAUACGUCCGCGAGGUGUUCCCGGGCGAGAUCAUCGAGAUGUCCAGACACGGUAUCCGCACCAUCGACAUAGUGGCCAGGCCGGAAGAGAAGGCGCAGGCUUUCUGCAUCUUCGAGUACGUUUACUUUGCCAGGGCCGACAGUAUUUUCGAGGGACAGAUGGUGUACGCCGUGAGGAUGCAAUGCGGAAGGCAGUUGGCCAUCGAGCAUCCCGUCGAAGCGGAUCUGGUCAGCUCCGUACCGGAAUCUGGAAACGCUGCCGCCCACGGUUUCUCCAGACAGAGUGGUAUUUCCUUUGCGGAAGUGCUGUGCAAGAACAGAUACGUUGGCCGAUCCUUCAUCCAACCCAGCAACAGGCUAAGACAGCUCAGCAUUGCAAAGAAAUUCGGUGCGUUGUCUGGCAGCGUAAAGGGCAAAAGGGUGAUUCUCAUCGACGACUCGAUUGUUCGAGGCAACACAAUUGGCCCAAUCAUUAAACUUCUCCGAAACGCGGGAGCUAAGGAAGUACACAUCAGAGUGGCAAGCCCUCCACUCCUCUACCCAUGUUAUAUGGGCAUAAACAUUCCGACAAAAGAGGAACUAAUCGCCAACAAAUUGAAUCCCAACGAACUGGCCAAGCACGUUGGUGCCGACAGUUUGGCUUAUUUGAGCGUAGAGGGGUUGAUUAAGGCCGUAAGGUCUGACAUCAAGACAAAGAAUCCGCACAAAGUUGGACAUUGUACUGCUUGUUUGACUGGCAAUUAUCCUGGAGGCGAGCCCCAUGAAUUAGAAUGGUGAACGACUCAAGAGUAAUUCGAAGAGGCCAUUCAAUCAUUUUGUACAUACACCAGAUUGGGAGUACAAGGAGAAAUAUAAUAAUGGUAUUAUUGGAAGAUUAUUAUUGGAGGUUUAGUCCCUUGUGCCAAAUAGUAGUUAGUACUAUUUAAAUAGAACAUAUAGUUCAGUUUUAUUUUUUGUACUGUUAUUUAUCAAAUAAUAAUAAUAAUAAUAAAAUAUAAUCUAAAUAUUAAAAUAAAAUUUGUUACAAAUUGU